CAGCCAGGGUGGAGACAGAGUGUGUGGGAAUGAGGGUGGUGGUGGUGGUGGAGCAUGUGCUCCCCCUUGCCUCCCCCUCCCUCUCUGUUGCCGGGUGGGGAAGGGGGGCUCCUUGGGGCUGGCAGAAGGGAGAGAGGGCGGUCCAGUCCAGCAGAUCCUUCCUUCCUGUCCUGGCCACCCGGCGGUGGCGGCUGCUUCUCUGCCCCUUUCAGAAGCCGGCUGGUCCCACUGCCCGCCACCACCAGCGCCAUGGUAGCUGGCAUGCUGAUGCCGCUGGGGCAGCUGCGUAGCAUCUAUGAAGUGCUCUUCCGGGACGGAGUGCUGGUGGGGCAGAAAGACCGGCGCCCCCAUAGCUUCCACCCGCAGCUGCCCGGGGUCACCCACCUGCAAGUCCAGCGGGCGAUGGGGUCCCUGCGCUCCCGUGGCCUGGUCCGUGAGAACUUUGCCUGGCGCCACUGCUACUGGUAUCUGACAGACGAGGGCAUUGCCCAUCUGCGUCAAUACUUGCGUUUGCCGCCAGAGAUUGUGCCCACCACCCUGCAGCGUGUCCGCCGCCCCCUGGCUGUGGCCAGACCUGCCUCACGCCCCCCGCGCGUGCAAGCUGUGCGGGGCCCGCUCUCGCACCCUGCCAAGCCCUGGGAGGCCUCGCGGCAGGAGUACCGCCGGAAGGAAGAGGAUGCCGGACGCGUGGAGCUGCCCAGCAGGAGGGCGGUGCUGCCGCUGGCAUCGGAGGAAGGUCAGACCACCCCUUUCGAGGGGGGCGCUGGCCCCGGGUGGGGGAGGGCUCCUGCGUACCCACCGGGGUCUCUUUGGACUUGUGCAGCUGGAAUGGCGUGGGGGGUGUCUCCAGUCAUGGGGCUGCCAUGAGGUGCGAGGCUUUUGCCCUGCCCUGCCCUGCCCUGCCCUGCCCUUCCCUCUGGCACCGAGGACAGGUGUGGGGCACCUUUGCUCCAGCUGGAGGACAGGGAAGCUUGUCCAGGUUGCCUCUUCCCUCUGGCUGGCUGUGCAGGGAAGAUCCUGGGGGAGGGGCUGGAGGCCAGGUUUGGGGGCUUGUGCUCGGCCUCCCUUCCCUUCAGGAGCCUCUGUGAGGCUGGUAUGCUGCGGGAGGGGGGUCUGCUGCUGACAGGUGGGCAGCAGCUGCUCUGCUUCUAUCCUUAGUGGUGACUUCCCCAUCGUUGGCAGACUGCUGCUGCUGCCCACCAAGGUCAGAGGCAGCAGGGUGCCCAUGAAGGCUGCUGGAGGGGGAGAUGUCUCUGGGGGAAAGCCCUGGAAGAGGCGGCGGCGCAGAAAACACAGGCGAGG